GUCCGUCAUCCAUGUCCUCCCUUUUGCGGAAGACGGGGUCCCGGAGGCAACGGAGCCCCGUCAGGCAAGAAGUGGCGCCUUUCUUCCUGCUUCCGCCCCGCAACGCUGCCGUGUAUCCCGGCGACACUGCUGCAUUCUUUGUCAAGGUACAGGGCCAACCAGAGCCGACAGUGGCCUUCUUUAUUGAGGGGGUGCCUGUGGCCCCCGGUGGACAGUACUGCUUCCGACAGCUGGGCAGGGGCGUCCACAUCUUCACUGUCACCAACGUGAACCCCACGAACGCAGGGCGGUACAUGUGUGAGGUCAUCAACUGUGCCGGCCAGGUACAGGCCAGCUUCCGACUCCAGCUUAAAGAUCAAGACAGACGAAGGCCUAUCCAACGUGUCCUGAGGCGAGUUCAUAGCUGGGGAGAGAGUCACCCCCGCUUUGUGUCCAAGCCCUAUGCUGUGACAGUGAAGGAGGGGGACCGAGUGGAGUUCAAGGCCAGGGUCACGGGGAGGCCCCCUCCCUCUGUUGCCUGGCUUAAGGACUGGGCCCCGCUGCCAGGGAGGUCUACAGCUCACUGUUUCUUCUCUGCUGGUUUUCACCUGUUGGAGCUGCAGGUGGUGCGGAGGGAGGAUCAGGGCCUGUACACCUGUCAAAUACACAGCCCAGCUGGGGAGAGCAGUGCGUCUGCACAGCUGACUGUUACAGAUGAAAGUUUUUGCUCCAGGCCCAACCCAAACUACAUGACAAAUGAGGUACAGCUUAAGCCUACCACACCAACACAGGACAACAGUGCCAGCAGGAGGGUGUUGGAUAAUGGACCAGCAGUCAGGAAUACCACCUUUAAAAGCAGGAUGGAGGAGAAAUCAGUUUCAGAGGACAAGUCAGCGCUUGUCAGGCCACUGGCAGCACCACAGUUUACAAAGCCACUGGAGGACUGUACGGUCGAGGAAGGUGGUGACAUCAUUCUGCGAGGCGUUAUCACAGGAACUCAGCCCCUGCGAGUUUCCUGGUUGCACAAUGGUGGCGCUGUGAACUUUGGGAAGUCUUCUUUCGAUGGCAGCCAGGCAACACUGGUGGUGCACGAGUGUUUGCCUGAGGACGCAGGUGCCUACACCUGCGCGGUAGAGAACAGUGUGGGCAAGGCCUCCAGCAGUGCAGCCGUGUGUGUCCGAGACUUUGAAUCAAUCUGUGGGAUCAACAACAAGAAGUCACCUGCUCUACUUUCCAACUGUGUCACUGGGAACAAAAGUACAAAGGACCCCUGUACCACUCAAAAUAACAACUUGCAUGGGGGACGGAUUAUUUCAGACAAGCUUCAGACCAAGGUUUCAUCAUCAAUGAAAGGGAUCACUCCAAAGAGAAGAGCGUCCUCGGGAACAGACCCUUCGGUCCGGUUUGAGGAGCCCCCGGAGCAGGUGGAGGUGCGAGUAGGAGAGCAAGCCCAGUUGCAGUGUUCCUUCAGCAGCCGCUUCCCUGUGGCCUCCUGCUGGAUCCAUAACAAACAGCGGGUUGCAAACAGCUCCCGGAUUCGAGUGGAGGACAGCGAUCGGGGCAACAGGCUGCUGAUUUCUGAAGCACGUCCUGACGACGCAGGCAGAUACACCAUCGUGGUGCGGAACCGCCGAGGCUUCGCCCAACACAGCAUCAUCCUCUCAGUCAUAGAUCGCCCCCAGCCCCCAGCAUCCUGUCCCGUCGUCUCCCACCUCUCCUCCAGUUCCUUAGUCCUGUCCUGGUCGGGGCCUUGCUACGACGGGGGAAGCGCGGUCACGGGCUACGUGGUGGAGGCGAAGAAAGAAGGACCCAGAAGGCCAGGGGACUGGUGUGAGGUGACCGGCAACUGUAAGAGCACUUCGUACCGUGUGCGCUCAGGCUUGGAGCCCCAGGGGGAGUACCGCUUCCGGGUGAGGGCCUACAACGCCGUCGGAGUCAGCGAACCCAGCCAGGAGUCCGACACCUUCAAGAUGGACACCAAGAGAGAGGUGGUGGAAGAACCCCAAGAGUAUGUGGACAUCACAAUCAAUACCAUCAACCAAGUGACAGACCACUACAACGUGCUGGAGAAGCUGGGGGUAGGGAAGUUCGGGCAGGUGUUCCGGCUGACCCAUAAGGAGACAGGCCGGGUGUGUGCUGGGAAGUUCUACAAGGCCCGUGGGUCCAAGGACAAGGCAGCAGCGCGCCGGGAGAUCGAGCUGAUGAACCAUCUCCACCACCCCAAGCUGGUGCAGUGCCUGGGGGCCUACGACUGUCGCUCCCAGAUCGUCAUGGUCAUGGAGUACAUUGCCGGUGGAGAGCUGUUUGAGCGCAUUGUGGAUGAGAACUUUGAGCACACGGAGCCUACAUCUGUGCACUACAUGCAGCAGAUCAUAGAGGGCGUGCAGUACAUGCACCGGCAGAACAUUGUGCACCUGGACCUCAAACCCGAGAACAUUGUGUGCAUGAACACGACCGGGACCCUCAUCAAGAUCAUCGACUUUGGCCUGGCCAGCAAGCUGGACUCCACCACUCCGCUCAAGGUGAUGCAUGGGACGCCAGAGUUUGUGGCUCCCGAGGUCAUCGGCUUUGAGCCGGUGGGUCCGGCCACAGACAUGUGGAGUAUUGGAGUCAUCUGCUACAUCCUCCUGAGCGGCGAGUCACCAUUCCAGGGAAACAGUGAUGACGAGACUCUGGCCUUGGUGACUGCAGCCCAGUGGGAGUUUGACGACGAGAGCUUCGCGGAGAUCACAGACCAGGCCAAGGACUUCAUCAGCGGCCUGCUGAAGAAAGACAUGAGGCAACGGCUGUCUUGUGAAAAGGCCUUGGCCCACCCCUGGAUGGCUGCCUUCGCCUCAGCGGACCCCCGCUCCACCAAGACUCUGUCCAAGGACAAGAUGAGGAAGUUCCUGGCAAAACAGAAGUGGAAGAAAACAGGAAAGGCUCUGCUGGCACUGAAGAGGAUGGCUGUCCUCUCCAACAAGUCUGAUGGGUCUGACUCCCCCGCCAGCCCUGGAGAGGACUCUGUCCUGACCCCGGAGGCGGAGCAUGCCCUGAAGUCUCUGGAAGAGCAGUUGCAGUGUGAGCCCCAAUUCUCCCAGGUCCUGAAGGACCAGACCCAGCCCCAGGGUGCCAAAGUCCACCUGACCUGCCAUAUACAGGGGUAUCCAGACCCUGAGGUUCUGUGGUUAUUGGGGGAGGAGCCUGUGGAGGAGUCCUCCUGUGUGAAGAUCGAGUAUGAGGAGGAUGGUCGCUGCGCCCUUGUCCUGUCCAGUGUGAGGGUGGAGGACUCUGGGGUUUACACCUGCAGGGCCAUCAACAGCCUUGGGGAGGCGCUGUGCUCAUGCAAACUUACAGUGACUGGGAAGAUAUAGUGCUCAUACACACAGAUGGACAGAUACACACCUGCAUACACGCACGCACACUGAUAGCUAGACUAUCGCAUUUCCAUGCACAUGCAGGCACACACAGAUGGUAAGAACCCUUGGAAAUUGGCACACAUAAUCCAGGCAUUCCAGAAUGUUGGGAAUUGUGUGAAAUUCCAUUCUGACCACAUUGGAUGGUAGGAUGGUAUCUUUCCAUAGUAUUUUUCCAGUUAAACACUCACAGCACAAGUUUACAUACGUAUUUAUUAGUCUUUCUCUGUUACCUAUGAUUGAUGCAAAAUCUUAAGACUUUCCUUCCUUGCAAGCUCAAAAUAUGUUGGUAUAGAAUUUUCAAUAUGUAACAACUUGUUUAAUUAUAAUAAAAACCACGAUAUGUGUAA